ACUCCUGAGAUAAGCUGGUGCCCUCCCUUAUAAAGGCAGCCAGAGCGAGGUGCCCGAGCAUGUCUGCCUGAACCAGCCAUGGCUGUGAGGGACCUGGUGGUGGUGGUGGUGGCAGCAGUGGUGACUCUGGUUGCUGCCGGCGGUGCAGAGCUGAAUGAAGAGAGUGGCCUGAGAAAGCCGGUGUGUGCAGACAUGGUUGACCUGCAGGCCUGCCCCCUCCUGUACUUGCCUAUCUGUGGGACCGACGGGAAUACCUAUGCAAAUGAAUGCCAGCUCUGUGUGGAGCAAAUGAAAACCAGGCAAGACAUCCGGAUUCUGAAAGAUGGGGAGUGUCAAAAUACCUGAGCUUUCUGAUAGCUUUCCUGAACCUAGAAACAGGCAUCUGAGUAAGAAUACGGGGUGCAUCAUAUGGUCAAGUGAGCUCCCUGAAGUCAGUGACCAUUCUGCAAGUCUGGGAGCUGUGCCAGUGUCGUGGCUACUGUGCUUGAUCAGAUGGAAUUCAUCCCUUCACCCAGUUCCGCACUUUGCUGGAGCCACCAGAUGGGACACUGCAGCACCAUAAUGCACAACAAAGCCAUUGCUGACAGAUUUAAUGCUGCACCAGGAAAU